AUGGAGAGACUCGGCGAAAGCCUGCAAAAGGCUGCCGACUCAGGCGAGUUGUGCCGCCAACGACUCGAGCUGGCCUUUCGAACAACCUGCGAGGGUGUCGGCCAUCUGCAUAACCUUCUUAUUGCACACACGGACAUCAAACCGUCGAACAUUUGCUUCAAAGAUCCCUUCGCCUCCGACGCGAAGUUGAUCGACUUCGACGCGGCGGAGAACCUCCAGCACUCUGAGCAGAUCAUGCAGAGGCAGCCGAACAACGUGGUCGUGUGGUCUCCCGAACGGCGCGAAGAAGGGUCCACGCGGCGCUUCCUGCCGGAAGACGUCUUCGCCGUCGGCUAUACUUUCGCGAUACUGAUGAAGGAUGUCGGAGACAAGUGUCUCUGGCUUCGAGCGCAGGUGAAACCGCUUCUUCGAGUUGCCAGCGCCCGACCAUCCAUGCACCAGGCUUUACAGCACACCCAGGCCGUGAUGGAAUCCGAACAUGAGCCACUGCCAGCGCUCCUUGGGAGCAAGCAGUGCCAGACCCCGCUCGAAAAGAUGUUCGGCCUGUGA